AUGGUUCCACUCAAACUGAGGGAAACACCUCAGAACUUCACUGUGGUUCCACUCAAACUGAGGGAAACUGAGGGAAACACCUCAGAACUUCACUUUGGUUCCACUCAAACUGAGGGAAAACCACAGAACUUCACUCUGGUUCCACUAACUGAGGGAAACACCUCAGAACUUCACUGUGGUUCCACUCAAACUGAGGGAAACACCACAGAACUUCACUCUGGUUCCACUCAAACUGAGGGAAACACCUCAGAACUUCACUGUGGUUCCACUCAAACUGAGGGAAACACCUCAGAACUUCACUGUGGUUCCACUCAAACUGAGGGAAACACCACAGAACUUCACCCUGGUUCCACUCAAACUGAGGGAAACACCACAGAACUUCACUCUGGUUCCACUCAAACUGAGGGAAACACCACAGAAAUUCACUCUGGUUCCACUCAAACUGAGGGAAACACCACAGAACUUCACUCUGGUUCCACUCAAACUGAGGGAAACACCACAGAUCCUCACUCUGGUUCGUAUCUAACUGCUGGGAAACACCUCAGAAUUCACUGUGGUUCCACUCAAACUGAGGGAACACCACAGAACUUCACUCUGGUUCCACUCAAACUGAGGGAAACACCUCAGAACUUCACUGUGGUUCCCCUCAAACUGACUCUGGUUCCACUCAAACUGAGGGAAACACCACAGAACUUCACUCUGGUUCCACUCAAACUGAGGGAAACACCUCAGAACUUCACUGUGGUUCCACUCAAACUGAGGGAAACACCACAGAACUUCACUCUGGGAAACACCACAGAACUUCACUCUGGUUCCACUCAAACUGAGGGAAACACCACAGAACUUCACUCUGGUUCCACUCAAACUGAGGGAAACACCUCAGAACUUCACUGUGGUUCCAAUCAAACUGAGGGAAACACCUCAGAACUUCACUCUGGUUCCACUCAAACUGAGGGAACACCUCAGAACUUCACUGUGGUUCCACUCAAACUGAGGGAAACUGAGGGAAACACCUCAGAACUUCACUGUGGUUCCACUCAAACUGAGGGAAACACCACAGAACUUCACUCUGGUUCCACUCAAACUGAGGGAAACACCUCAGAACUUCACUGUGGUUCCACUCAAACUGAGGGAAACACCACAGAACUUCACUCUGGUUCCACUCAAACUGUGGUAAACACCACAGUACUUGUGUCUGGUUCAAAUCAUACUGAGGGUAAGACCUCAGAACUUCACUGUGGUUCCACUCAAACUGAGGGAAACACCACAAACUUCACUGUGGUUCCACUCAAACUGAGGGAAACACCUCAGAACUUCACUGUGGUUCCACUCAAACUGAGGGAAACACCACAGAACUUCACUGUGGUUCCACUCAAACUGAGGGAAACACCCCAGAACUUCACUCUGGUUCCAAUCAGGAUGGCAUCAUACAA